GGAGUUUCCAUCCGACAAGGCAUCUUGGCAUCGCACUGAACACGGCUCAAUCACCUCAGCCAUUGACAAUAUAACGAGCUAACGAGUUUCCAACCAGCGGCAUCAAAAUUAUCGACUAGAAUGGGUGGUGUCGGUAUCGACAACGUCGGAACGGCAUUCAUUGAUGAACCGUCGUCGGCAAUCCACAGAGCUUUCUAUUACGCCAAUGCCUAUUCCGAUGGUUUCGGAAAUGAUUACAAUGCAAACGAUCACCCCGAUGCCACGGAAAUCCUUGGCAAUACAAGCGACCAGUGCUCUUCCCCGGUUUUGUUGAAUUUGGAUCAUAUGGCGUCCUGUCAUGAGCUGUAUCCCGAAAACAAACCCAUAUGGAGGCUGGUCCUGCGCUGGAUGAAAAUCGUGGCGUACAAUAUCAACAGAUCAUAUCGUGCCAAACCGAUCCUGUUGGUGAUGGCUCCGUUGACGCUGGGUAUAACGAUCGGAUAUUUCAUCGGAAGGUGGCAGCAAUCGUCGUCGUUACGAACCAUCGAAACCGGAAGACCACAGCAACAGCCAAAACAAGGGGGAGGAAUACUGCACGUUUAUCUCGGGAAUCUGGGGGAGCGGAUAUCUCUUCUUUGGUUCCGGUUUUGUCUUGUUGCAUCUCGCUGCUUUUCAAGGGAGGACAUUUCCACAAGAAGAUGUUUUGCAACGAAGGGGUCGUCAUUGUCGUCAUUGCCGUCAUCUUUGUCGACAAAGGAAAUUCCUACGGAUUGUCUGCUUGUCGCUAGCGGUAGUGAUGGCACAGCUCACAGUGGUGCGCAUGUAUCAAAAUGCGGAAGCAUCGCAAACGACAAGGAAAACAACGUUUCUAUAGAUACAUCUACAAACACGGGAUUAAAAGCCCGGGAAUCCAACACACGUAAAUUUCUAAAAAGCGACGAGGGAACCUCGAGAGAAAGCGGUGUCCCACUCGAACAAGUGCCGAAGCACGUCGCCGUCAUCAUGGACGGAAAUCGGCGCUACGGAAAAAACAAGUACGGAAGUGCAGCAAGGGGCCAUUGGGAUGGGAGUUCCAAGCUGGUUGAAUUCGCCAAGUGGUGCAUGGCCGAACACAUUGCCGUCUUGACGGUCUUCGCCUUCUCGAGCGAAAACUGGAAACGAGACCCCGCUGAGAUUGCUUCCCUCAUGCAAAUAUUCGCAACAUAUUGCGACGAAUUACGGAUGGAAGCGAUUGAGCGAAACAUCAAAAUCAUGGUCUUGUCAACGGAUUACGAAAAGGUAAGCAUUACUCUUGUGUUGCGUCGCGUCGCGUCGUGUUGCGUUCUGCUUUGGACGGGUUUUGGAUUGCAGAUCGUGCAAUAAUUAGCAUUUGAUGGAUCAUAUUUGAAUCGCCUUUGGUUGUAGGAAACUUUGAUCGAUUCUAUUGAUUGGAUUCAACUUUUUUCUCAAUAGAUCUUUUUCUCCCUUCGUUUGUUAUACAUAUUUCCAUCGCAUGGAAUUGAUUGUAUUCGGUUGUAGAUACCAGCGCACGUUCGGGUGAAUGUGAAGCGAAUGGUAAACGAGACUCAGCAUUGCAAUGGUAUGAUCAUGAACAUUUGCCUGAGCUAUGGUAGUCGGGGCGAAAUCGUAGGGGCGACAAAAUUGUUGGUGGACGAUGUCCUGCGUGAGAAACUGGACCCCGAAACAAUCGACGAGAAAACUAUUGGAGAGCGGCUGCUAACUCAUAACUGUGGGGGUGAUCCGGAUGUUAUGUUAAGAACCAGUGGGGAGUUACGGAUAAGCAACUUUUUGCUAUGGCAAUUKGCAUAUACAGAAUUUUUCUUUGUAGACAAACCGUGGCCCGCCAUGGAAAAGACCGACCUCAUCGAUGUCAUCCAGAACUAUGCGAAAGGUAGAAAACGACGCUACGGGCAAUAGUUUAAAGGUUUAGAAAAAAUAAAAACUAGCUAAUAUG